AUGCUUGACCCACCUAAAGCGACUCUCCUUCUGCUGUUCGUCCACGGCUUCAAGGGCCAUGACCACCGCACCUUCCUCGACUUUCCCACCCGCAUCAUGACCAUCUUCACAAACGCAAAGGCAAACCUCGACGUCGAGUCCAUCGUCUAUCCACAAUACGACACUCGCGGUGACUUCAACGCGGCGGUUAAGACGUUUGCAGAGUGGACACAGGAGCAGGUCAAGAGCCGUCAGGAAUUCAACGAGAAAGUGUACAAGAAGCUGGAGGAGGACGGACAGUCAAGCGGGAAUGUUCCUCCGGUCUAUGUGUGCUUCCUCGGCCACUCCAUGGGAGGCCUUGUCGCGGCUGAUGCUGCACUAUAUCUGGAAAAGCUUCCACAAAAGUCGCCCGUCGUUGGAAUCUUGGCAUUCGACACACCCUACUACGGCCUGAACCACUCCAUCUUCACACAGGCAGCCUAUGAGCGAGCGGCAGGAUUGGCGCAAAAGGCGUCUGGUGUCUAUUCUCUCGCUUCGGCAGCCUACUUGCCCGCCGCUGCAGCUUGGAGUUCAAUGUCGGCAUCUAAAACAGGAGCAGCGGGAACAAUAGGAGCAGCGGAAGCAGUAGGAGCAGCGGGAGCAACAGCGGGAGCAACAGCGGGAGCAACAGCGACAGGGUACGACUCUAACACUCGGAGUCGGAAUCAGACGUCGUCUGCAGCAACAGUGCCUGGGGGAUUUAGCGCUGCGUCUUUGUUCUCGUCAGCAGCGGUCAAAACGGAGAAGAAGGAGCCAAAGCCUGCUAGUAGUGGAUGGGGCUGGGGAUCGAUUGCACUCGGCAUUGGAGCUGCUGUGGCUGCGACUGGUGCGGCCGUUGUUAUCAACAAGCACAUGAACGGCGGGAUGCAGUACGUGACCUCGCACAUCCAGUUUGUGGGCAUCCUCUGGAACAGUGUCCAGCUCAAACAAAGGGUGGAUGAUAUUCUUCGAUUGCCAAUUGGAUUCCACUGUUUUUAUACCCGAGUCCGCAUCCCUGCGGGCUCAACCAACAAUUGGACGUCUGGUUCAAGGACAUUUGUCGAAUUGACAUCCAUUUCGGACGUGACGGAGCCAUUCUUCUCUGCGCGCGAGUGUUCUGGUCAGGAUGAGAUUGAGGCCCAUAUGGAGAUGUUUAACCCAGCCAAGAAUUUUGAUUACUAUCCUAUGGGCGAGGAGACUGUCAAACGCGUCCGAGUCAUGGUAGAUGAGGCACUCAAGCGGGAGUCCUAG